CCGCGAUUAUUUGUCCAGGAUGACUUCGAUGACACGCGCCGAAGUGGACGCCUGGCGGAUGCGGCAGAUGGACCAUCACGCCAACGGGCGCAGCUUCAGCUAUGGCUUGCUGACUAUCCACUAACACGCACAAUACUGCUUGCCUCGCCGUGGAUCCUCCUUCCCAGCUUGUGACGCCCUUGUAGUGUCUGGACGGAACUGGGAUGCCUGAUCGCCCUGCGGUGAAAGGGCUAUCUCGGUGCCAAACCUCGUAGAGCUCCUUAAUCAACUCAAGCUUACCCCGUAUACUCCCACGCUUUCAGUGUCUGCCUGACUUCUUCAAACUUCUUUGCAAGACCUCAGGACCCCUUUUGUCUCGUGCUGCUUACGUGGGGGUACCAGCGCAUACGGACCACCUCGACUUCAAGGCAACGACCAGAUAUUCAGGGCGCAAAGAUGCCGUCGCCCGGAUCUGAGUCGCCGGAGGAGACCUGCUUCAACGAUCCGACCCAGCAAGUUCCAGAAGCAAAUGGGGGCAGGCAAUCACUUACUCGAAACAACAGCCAAGAUGCGCAGAACGACAACGCGGCCAAACAGAAGAGGAUAGCUUGCGUCCUGUGUCGCAAGAGGAAGCUGCGAUGCGACGGCACUCGACCAAUUUGCGGAACAUGUAAACGCUUGUCGCAUGAUUGCGCUUACGACGAAGUGCGCAAGAAGAGCGGGCCAAAGAGAGGUUAUGUGAAGCUGCUUGAACAACGACUACAACAGGUUGAGACACUACUCAAGAGUCAGGACUCGACCGACUCGAACAAGGACGCAGCUCGUCAGGACUCGACCACCGCCUACGUCGCCAAUACGAUACAGCAAGCAGUGCCUACUACAAGGACCCAGUCUUUGAACCCAUUCGAUCAGUCACUAGAAAACCUCCUCGAUGCACGGAAAGCAUCGGUACCCGCAUACCAGAAUGAGACGACGAACACAACCGGGGAGGGGCCAGAAUUCCAGUGGGAGAUGAUUGGCUUGGGUCUGGAGGAGCCACUGCCGCCUCAGGAUGUCAUGGAGGAACUGUACCAGAUCUACUUUGCGAAGAUUCACCCAUCGAUACCACUCAUCCAUCGGCCGCGAUUCAUGGCCGCGCUGAACCUUGCGCCUCACAUGCGACCGCCAGUAUGUCUGCGAUAUAGCAUGUGGACAUUGGCAGCAUCUGUGACGGACAAAUACGACGGACUACAGGAACACUUCUACCACCGCGCGAGGAAGUACGCACAGCUCGACGAGAUGAGGGGCCAUGGAGAAUCAACCAUUACACUCGCGCAUUGUCAGGCGUGGACGCUGAUGUGUACGUACGAGUUCAAGAACAUGUACUUCCCAAGAGCCUGGCUGUCCUCCGGCCGCGCGGUGAGGUUGGCUCAGAUGAUGCAGCUGCACCGUCUGGAUGGAGCUGGAUUGGACGUGAAGCAAUGUCUGUCGCCACCAAAAGACUGGACUGAGAGGGAAGAGCGGAGACGAACUUUUUGGAUGUGCUUCGCCAUUGAUCGCUACGCCAGCAUUGGCACAGGCUGGCCGAUGAUCAUUGACGAACGAGACAUCAUGACGAAUUUGCCUGCGAGCGAAGACGCGUUCGAGAGAAGCAAAGCAAUGGCUACAGGGUCUCUCGAACAAGCGUUGAACCCCUUGGGUGCAGCAAAACUCGAAUCAUUCGGCGGCAUUGUCCUUACAGCGGCGAUGUUUGGUCGCAAUCUGCUUCAUUUGCACCGGCCAACCGCAGACGACAACGAUGGCGACCUCAAUGGUGGAUUCUGGACCCGACACCGCCAACUUGAGCAGAUCCUCCUUCAGACAUCGCUCCACUUGCCUGAUUACCUACGCAUGCCCAGCGGACGCGAUGACCCCAACGUAGUGUUUACAAACAUGUGUAUUCAGACUUCCGCAAUCUGCCUACAUCAGGCAGCGAUUUUCAAAGCCGACAAGUACCAGUUGCCCGCAAGUGUUGGCAACGAAAGCAAAAUUCGAUGCGUGACUGCAGCUGCAGAGAUAGCGUCCAUCAUGCGCACGAUCAGUCAUAUGGAUCUGGGAGCGAUGAACCCUUUCAUAUCCUUCUGUGUCUACGUGGCAGCAAGAGUGUUCGUCCAGUACCUCAAAACACGACCAAACGACCAGCAGAUGGGCUCUUCGCUACAAUUUCUCCUCCAAGCUAUGCAGGCUCUGCGCCGCAAGAACCCCCUGACCGAAUCCUUCCUGGUUCAACUAGACCUCGACCUCGAAGGCGCUGGCAUCCCGAAGCCAUACAUGCCGGUCGAAAAGAAGAACUCCGUCAUACCUGUCAAUUCCGACCCAGUGGGAUGCAACUCGAUAUACGAGAUCCGUGAAACCCAAGCUCAGAACGCACCCAUCAAUCAAUUCGCCAACAGCAGAGCCAGUUCUACAAACGCAGCACCACAAUUCUCGCGCAACAGUAAUCAACAGCCAUCAGCACCCGGCGCUCCGAGUGGCAGUGGCAUCGAGAUCGCGCCCCAACCCGCCCCCUUCGUGCCCCUUCGAAACCUCCAAGACUUAGCGAAUGACUUCUCACCACACAGAGGCGCUGUGCCAGGCGCCACCACGUUCCUUUUCGAAAACAGCGCCAAUGACAUGGACAUGUCUGGCGACCAACCCAGCCCUUCCACAAUCAACUCGCAAUCCCGCGGCGGCUCGACAUCGCACUCUUCAUAUUCGCCCGGCCAGCCGACUGAACACCAUCUCCCCUACCGCGCAUCACCACGCUUCACAUCUUCACAAAUGCCGAUGUCGCAAACGCAAAGCACCAGCUGCGCUCCUCUCGCACCGCUAUACCCAACCAAUAACAAUGAUCUACCCAUGAAUGGUUACCCCUCCGGAGCAAUCAACAACGGAGCAUACGAGAACGGGUUCGACUGGGAGUUCACUGCGAUGAGUGGAGAGAUGAGUAUGGGUCAGGACAUGGACGCGGGCAUCACGCCGGGGACGUGGAACUCGCUGCUAGAGAGUGUGAUGGAGAAUGCGCCGAUGGGGUGGGAUGUGUUGGGCACGCCGCACGGGGCGAAUGUUGAUGUUCCGGGAGCUCCACAGAACUGAGUGUGAGAUUGUGAUGGGUGGUUUUGAGGGGUUUGAGGGUUCUGAGGGGUUUGAGGGAUCUGAGGGAUCUGAGGGAUCUGAGGGAUCUGAGGGAUCUGAGGGUUCUGAGGGAUCUGAGGGAUCUGAGGGUUCUGAGGGAUCUGAGGGAUCUGAGGGUUCUGAGGGCUUUGAUCAGGAUAUAGUUGGAUACCCACUCGUUUUGCAAGCACUGUCAGAGAUGGCGUCUUUGGGGAGGGCAGGCGUAGGUAGACUCGCCACUUUUGUACUAUGAGCACAUGUCUUUCUGCCCCAAUCAUCAUAAUAUCCAC